AAAAAAAACAACAACAAAAAAAAAGUCAACCUGUGGACACGAGCACUCGGCACACAACGAAAGAGCUGCGGCGGCCACGGUCGUCCCACCCGUGCCACUAGUAUGUGACGCGAGGAAGAGCGAGACGAAAACGACAACAACAACAACGAGGAGAACGACUUUUUACGAGCCGGCUUGCGACCAUGUUGUCUUCGCGAAUGCUUGUUGUUUUUGUGGCGACGAGCCGUUGUUGUCACCUCAUGGCACCUCUGCUGUUGCUGUGCUACCUGCCCCACGUCCACGCCGGCCACAGCAAGCCGGCCAACAGGUGGCUGAUCGGCGACAGGGACAGCCAGUGCGCCGGCGCUUGCGCGCGGCCGCAGGCCAAGCCGGUGUGCGGCUCGGACGGACGGAGCUACGAGAACGGAUGCGAGCUGCAGAGGGCGCGCUGCAAAGACAAGACGCUGACGCUGGCGCACCGCGGCCGCUGUCGAGGAAGAAACUGGGUGAAAGUUGAGGAGACGGCAGUGGCGCUCCCAGCAACGCCCGCAUCUGUGGCCAGAGACGCUGUGCAAACAGAUGAGGUUCAGUCCAAGUGUCGCGUGGAGAGGAACCAGGCUUUGGAGCAAGCCCGCAGGCCCCAAGAGUCCAUGUUUGUUCCAGAAUGCAACGAGGACGGCUCGUUUGCGCAGGUGCAGUGUCACACUCUGACAGGCUACUGCUGGUGCGUCACCUCCGACGGAAAGCCGGUGAGCGGCUCCUCGGUGCACAACAGGACUCCGGUGUGUUCAGGAAACUUCCAUGAGUUUUUGGAAACUCACGUCGGGACGAGCCGAUUGACAGGCUCCGUGACCGACAGACCGUCCGGGCCGGCAAACUCUGGUCGAAAAGUUUCUUUCCGUUUUUUUCUCACCCUCAAUCCAGACGACGGCUCCAAGCCUACGCCCACCAUGGAGACCAUCGUCCCCUCCGAAGGCGAUGAGAUAACUGCCCCCACGCUGUGGAUCAAACAAUUGGUUUACAAGGAGAAUAAGCAGAACAGCUCCACGUCCAGGAAGCAAGAGAAAGUUCCCUCUUGCGACCAGGAGCGACAGAGCGCCCUGGACGAGGCUCGGCAGAACCCCCGCGAGGCCGUCUUCAUCCCCGACUGCGGGCCCGGCGGCCUGUACAAGGCCGUCCAGUGCCAUCAGUCCACCGGCUACUGCUGGUGCGUGCUGAUAGACACCGGACGACCCAUUCCGGGAACCUCCACCAGGUACCAGACGCCAGAAUGUGACAGCGCCGCACAUUCUCGCAGCACCGACGCCGAAGAUCUGUUCCAGGGCCGAGACCUGACAGGCUGCCCCGAGGGGAAAAAAGGGGAAUUCAUUAUGAGUCUUUUAGACGCCCUGACCACAGACAUGGUUCAAGCCAUGAACUCACCAGCCCCUUCUAGUGGUGGGAGGUUCGUGGAGCCGGACCCCAGCCACACGCUGGAGGAGCGGGUGGUGCACUGGUACUUUGCCCAGCUGGACGCCAACGGCAGCCAGGACGUCGGCAAGAAGGAGCUGAAGCCCUUCAAGAGGUACCUGAAGAAGAAGGCCAAGCCCAAGAAGUGCGCUCGCAAGUUCACCGACUACUGCGACCUGAACAAGGACAAGGCCAUCUCGCUGCACGAGCUCAAGGGCUGCCUUGGAGUUGCCAAGGAUGGUGGUUCAACAGCAAGUAGCAUCUACGGGACAAGGCAAGGGACAAAUGUGUUCAUAGGUCGUCUGGUAUGAGAGGAGAACGUUCCAGGAGCCGAGACGAGAGCAGAGGUCACAGAAAGAAGGCAUCAACACGCUCGCUUGACGGUGAAAAAAAAGAGUGACGGAUCGGAGAGAAAAUAACUUCCUGACUUAUUCCAUGCACACACACACACACACACACACACACACACAAACAGAAGAAAACGAAGCAGCGCCAAAAUAUUUGCACUUUCUCCUCCCUGUGUUUGACGUUAUGUUUGUAUUUUGGAUUGUUUGUGGUUUUUAAGUGACUGAAAAUGUGUUUCUGUAAGAGUAAGAAUAUAUAUGUAAAGUCGUCAUAUUACAAGUGGAUUAUGUGCACGAAGUUAGCAGUUAGCGGGCUAAAAUGCACAUUGCUCUCAACUAGGGAUGGGCAUAAUACAUCGUUGAAUUGAUCAUUAACCAUUCCGUGGAUUGUGUGGGAUCGCGUCUUGAAGCAGCGCAGGUACAACAGAGCGUGCUACUAGUUUGUGGUCUUAAAGAAGACCUACACAACGUCAACUGUGGGCAUUGAAACAGGAGUGUAGAACAUUCGGAGGAUUCUCCCAAGCCAUUAAAAAACGAUUCAUUGUUUGUUCAUGAUUACUGUACGUCGAUUGCGUGGAAUCGCGUCUCAAAGCGACUUGAGGCAAAAUGGAGUGCGCUACAAGAUUGUUGUCGAAAGAAGGACAACAGGGCGUCAUCGAUGGGUUUCAAAACAGGAGUUCAGAACAUUCAUAGCAAUUUUCCCAUCCCAAUACAAAACGAUGAAUCAUUAAUAAUUACACCGAUUAUGUGGAAUUGUGUCUUGAAGCUAAUACGUGACUAGUUUGCUGUCUAAAGAAGUCAAGCAUCAGCUAUGGACAUUGAAAGAGGAAUAAGAACGUUUAGAGAGAGAGAUUCUUUCAGCAAGUUAAAAAUAAAGUCAAAAACAAUUAAUUGAUCGUUAAGAAUGCCAUCGAUUGCGUGAGAUUGAGUGCACAAGACGCAGUUGGCCGUCUAAAGAAGAUGAACGGAACAUCAGCGAUGGGCAUCAAAACAGGAGUUCAGAAUGCUCACAGAAGGAUUUUUCCGUGCAAUAAUAUGAAAAAAAACGACCCAGACUCGUUUCUUGUUUACAAUUACAUCUAUUAUGCGGAAUUCUAUCUUGAAGCAAUUGUGGCUAAAUCUAGUACGCUACUAGUUUGCUUUGUCUUAAGACCAGCAUGAAAACAUAGGCUAUGGGAAUCGAAGUGUUCAGAAAAUUUUCCGAGUUUCUCCCAUCCUCUUAAAAAAAAAAAAAAGGUAUCGUUCGGAAUUCGUCGAUUGCGUGGGCACACGUCUUAAUGAAAUAGAGUGCACUGUGAAUUUGCUGAAUAAAGAAGGAUAACAUGAUGUCAUCUAUGGGCGUCAAAACAGGAGUUCAGAACACUCCCGAAGAGAUUCCCCUAUCCCUUACAGAUUAAAACAAUAAAUUGAUAAGUAGUCAGUGAUUGUGGGAAAUUGACAAACUGGAGCUGCCCUACGAGUUUUUUUUUUUUUUUGUCUAAGGAAGACAUCAGUCAGGGGCAUUGAAACGGGUUCAGAACAUUCGGAGGGUUCCUUCUAGCCCAUAAAAAAAAAAUUAUAUAUCUUUAUAAAAACUAACAAUGAAUUAAUCUUUGAGUUCUGUGGCUUUUCUGAAAUCUUGAUGAAAUGGAGCGCACUACAAGUUUGCUGUUUAAAGGACAACAACGUCAGCUACCGACAUCGAAACAGGAGUUCAGACCAUUCCGACUCUUAAUUUUCUCCAUAGUUGAUCAAAGAAAUGCCGCGGAUUGCCCAUCCCUACUAGCAACGGCGAAGGAAUGUUUGUUGUACAUAUGAACAUGCGCAACUAAUUAGAAUGAAACUGUGACUCCCGACUUUGAAUUCAUCAGCACAUAAUUUUAGCUGUAUGGAUCCCCUUGCACUGUAAAUAGGGUUGCAAAGGGGUGGAAAAUUUCCGGUAAAUUUCCGGAAGCUUUCCGGUGAAUUUUAUUUUGGAAAUAUUCCAAUUCAGACACUUUCCAUGGGAGUUACUGGGAAUUGAUGGGAAGUAACUGGGAAUUAAGGCGACUUUCAUGGAAACCUUUCACGUUCAAGCAUGAAUAUAAACAUUUUGUUUUGUCAUAAAUAGACAUCCAUGAAAAAGAGAGAGCUCUCCUGUCUCACACGUGAGGGCAUUACAGCACAGCGGUCGGUGCCUUGAGAUACGAGUGGCCAGACUUUUUUGCUUUGACUUGCAAGGGCAAAUUUAAGAAUAUAUAUAUAGAAAAUAUAUAUUGAACAAUGAAUUUAAAAAAAGAGGCUGAAAGCGGUUUACCUCCCAGUUGAAGUUUACUGUCACAUUAAACACAAAACAAAGGGAAUUACACGUGUAUUCAAACCAGCGUAGCUUUGCCUUAUGAAAAAGUCUGCUCAAGUCAAUGCUAACAAACAAUGCAAACACCACUGAAAUGCUAACGGUUAGCAUCGACAGUUGCAAUUUUGGAAGCUAGACUAUUUGCAAACAAACAGUUGAGACACAUUUAGACAGAUGAUAUAACAAUCCUCACCGGCAUAUAUUCUUUAUCCUCUGCAAAAAAAAAGACUAAUAUUACAGCAUUUUACAAAAUCUGAAGUAGUGGUUUCUUCUUUCUUUGUGCCUGCAUGACUUUAUACUGCCUCGCAGUGUCCAAGGCGGGCACACCAGAAGGAGCAGCACCAUGAAUUGGAUUGCAGCAUUAAGUCAUGAUGCACAAACUGUUUAAUUCUUUACAUUCUUUUUAAUUAUGUCAUUACUCUGUUUUUAUAUAGUAAAAUACUGUAGAGAGCAUUUUUUUUUUUUUUUAGGGGGGUUGGAACGGAUUUAUGGCAUUUCCAGUGAGUUUCCAGAUGAUUUGAGAUAAGAGUCUUGUCACGGAACGAAUUAAACGUGUAUCUGAAGGCACCGCUUUACCUUAAUUUUUCAUUUUUUCUCCCACUUCCUUCGAGCAGUGGCGUAUGUGGAGCUUGCUCGUACCUAAAAUUUUGGCUCGUAACACAUAAAGUAGCGGAAAAAAAAUCUAUCAAAGCUUGGAUCACGAAAAGUCAUGAAAGUCACCGUACUUGUAUUAAAUGUGUUUGCUUUUUAUUAUUUUUUUGGGUCAGAAUUAUGCUCAAAUAUGUUUCCCCCAAAUAGAUUUAACUUCCCAAAGAGCCAAGCCUCAAUUCUGUAAAUUCCUGGUUUAUUCCUGUUUAUUCCCAUAAAUCCCUGUUAAUUCCCAUGGAACGUUUGAGAACUCCCCGAAUUUUGCAACCCUAACUGUAAACAACUUUUCUAGAAACAUUAGCGGUUUUUGGCAGUGUGAUAUCUGGCUUGCAUUGCGGCGGGACGAGUUAGCGCCGAGUAAGGAUUCACUUCACUUGUCAUGAAGUGCCGACGUGAUGCUGGCCUGAUGUUUUUAGAGCUAAAGCUGGGCAUAAACUGUGUCAUUUACCUAACUCACACAACUAAGUUAAUUGAGUUAAUAAUGGGACAAAAUGGGUGGGAGAAAAAAUAUCCCUAUUGCGAUGUUAGGGUUGGGCCAUUUGGCCUUAGUAUAACAUCUUUUUUUCCACAAAAGAAAUAUGAUUGAAAUCUUUUAUUUUUUUUCCACCCAAAAAAUGUGAUGAAUUUAAUCAAUUCUAUCGUGCUUUUGUGAGAUUUGAAUUUAAAAUGGUGAAUUUUCCACACUGAAAUCAUUGUCAAAAAGAGUCCGUGUUGAAAAUAUGACGCUAAAAAAGUCCACGUUAGAAAUUAAAAUUCAAGCUCAGAUGGCACAGAUUUACUUCCAUACAUCCAUACGUGCGUGUACGUGCACAUGAAGCGAAGACUCUCCGUAACAACCCGGGCUUAGUUUAGCUCCUCCCCAACAUACUGUACAAAACUCAUAUCUCAGUCGAGAUGUAUCAUUUCAAUAUGCAUCCUUGGACCAACUGUACUACUUUCCUAUUUAGAUGGUGCUUUGUCGCCAUCAUGUCAAAUCUUAGGGUGCUUUGGAAAGUACAAACAAUGCGAAUAGGUGAGUUUUUCAGCAAAUAAAUAAUCAUAAAAUAGCAAUACACACGUCACAAGUUAAUCGCCAGCUGCAGUUAAAACGUUAUUAAACGUUAAAAGCCUUUGACAAAAAAAAUCGGAACAUUACAUUGGGUUCAAAAUAUCACAACAUUGAUGUAUCGCAUCGUUUAUCUUUCAAUAUGUUGUCAAACGGCCAAUGAAAGCAAGUUUCACUACGUUUUUAUUAUGUGUUAUAAAAUAUUAAAUGUCCAACAUGCACCGAUUUGCAUGAGAAAAAUUAAACACAAACGGCAAAAAACAAGUGGAGAUUAGAUUAAUUCGCUCAGUCUAUGCCCAAUUUAGCUUUGGAUGAAACGGAAGGUGACUGGACUCGCUUUUUCGCGAUCAUCAGGCAUAGGCAAGCAGCGGCUGAAGUUUAGUCCGUGCUACUCGUCCCUAAAGUGCAACCCAACGUUUGCCAGCAUUUUGUCUGCACACAAUGCUUGGAGAUCAAUGUUUGUUUGUUUUUCUAAUAACUUUUUUUGUAAAUUCAAAUUCAACCUCAAAUAAUAAAGACUAUUAAAAAAGCCAUUCUGCGAGUGUUUAGUUAAAACCAGCACGAAUGUUUCAACUGUACCUUGUCUCCCCCCCCCCCCGUAAAUCCACUCAACAACUGUCGAGAAGAUUUAGCAUUGCCAGCAAAUAAUAACGGUGACUAAACACGAGCAGUAAAUGGAAUACUAUGUUUACAUGCCUCAGUCCAUUAAUAAUGGCCGCCCUACUCUGGUUAAUCCUGCUUUUUGUACACAACGUUUGACGUUUUACAAACAGCAAGCCAUAAAAUAAAUAUUUGAAUCUCCGGAGAAAUAUCAAAAGUCAACAGGUUGAUUGUUUUCCUUCGGGUUUCUUUGUGAUACGUUGUGUUCCAAAUUGAGACUAUCCCCAAUAGAAUUGUGUACAGUUGUUUUUGGAAUAGCAGUUAUAAUUAAAACUCAAGCACAGGACUUGAAUUUUUUUUGUUUUUUCUGAAGCCAAAUAAACCCCCAUUUGGAGGGUUUUCUCUCAGAUUUUGCAGUCAUCACGGUUAUCAUGUAUGUAUGAUUACAUAUGAAAUUGAGUCUGGAGCACCCUGCUGAGGAGAAAAAAAAAAAAAAAAAAAAAAACUCCAGACACCAGUUUCCUG